AUGGAUUUUAUGGGAGAAUUCAGUUUUGCUGGAGGGACUGAUGAUGUUAGUGGCUUUGACAAUUGGGGCUCUGGUUUUCCUGAUCAGGAAGUUUGGGCUACUGAGGAUGAUUAUAGAGCCUGGAAUGCCGGGAUCUCCUCCGAGACCCCUUCGAAUUCGAAUCAGGAUGGUAGACAUUCCCUAAACCGAUCCGAGAGUGACCCUCCCCACAAGAGAUCACGGAACGUGCAAGGGGUAGAUUCAGUUAAUAAUGGCGCUAAAGCAAUUGGAAAGAUGUUCUUCAAAACUAAAUUGUGUUGCAAGUUCCGCGCUGGGGUUUGCCCUUAUAUUACUAAUUGUAACUUUGCUCAUGGAAUGGAGGAGUUGCGCAAGCCGCCUGCUAAUUGGCAAGAUAUAGUGGCUGCACAUGAAAGUGAGCGUGGUGGAGAAGUGAUGCUGGAACCAAGAGAAGAACAUCAGAUACCAACUGCUAGUUCUCCUGAGCUACGUACGGAGUCCCAAAGGUCCUACAAAGGAAGGCAUUGCAAGAAGUUUUAUACUGAAGAAGGAUGUCCUUAUGGAGAUACUUGCACUUUCCUUCACGAUGAACAAUAUCGAGCUAGAGAGAGUGUUGCAAUAAGUGUGACUCCCGCUUUAGGUGUAUUCGGUAAUAAUGCUGCUGGAGCAAACCUGAAGCCUUCAAACUGGAAAACAAGAAUUUGUAAUAAGUGGGAAACCACUGGUUAUUGCCCUUUCGGCAGCAAGUGUCAUUUUGCACAUGGAGCGGCAGAAUUGCACAAAUAUGGGGGAGGACUUGUGGAUAUGGAAGGCACAGAUUCUCUAUCGACUCCUCCAGACUUAAAGCAGGGAGGGGGUCCUUUUAAAAUAGCAGAAAGUACGGUACCCUCGACCAUUUCAGCACCUCAUACUGUUUACCAUUUGGGGCCGGGCGUUCAAGUGCAAAGGCCCUCUGGCAUUGUCCAGAGGACUGGCCAAAGGGUCAUUCAGAAAUGGAAAGGUCCAGAAAAGAUUAGUAAGAUAUAUGGUGACUGGAUUGAUGACAUCGAGUGA